GCUUCCUACGCCUAUAAAAGUGGAGUGGCCGGGGAGGGCCGGCGCGGCCCUGGCGGCGGCCGCCUCUCUUCGCCCAAGGAGUUGACAUUUUGCAGGACUCGCGCGACGUCCCGUCGCCGGCGCUCCCCGGGACCCCGCCGCCGGGAGGAGGGGGCGGAGGAGGGUGGAGACUGCGGGGCUUGGCCAAGGAAGGCGCACAUCCUCGGGCGGGCGGCCGUGACGCGGCGGGGAUUAACUUUGCAUGAAUAAUGUGAGUGCGCUUGGAAAGGAGACCUUCUGUUCCCCGGGCUCGGGGCAAGCGCCCGCAGGCUGCCUUCCCCGGGCAGGGGCGCUCAACCCAACCGUCUGGAGGGCACUGGCAAAUCUCACUGACUGGAAUAUUAGCUCCCUGAGGGAAGAGCUACAGAAGAUGGGCUUGUAAAGAAAUAUACCUGCUUUCUAGGAAUUUAACUUCCUGUUGGGACGUGGAAGAGUUGACGCAGAAAAGGAAUUUGAAACGGAGUUUCAGACCGCAUCUUAUUAUUUGCACAGAAGAGUUGAAAAGGAAGUUCUGAUGAGAUCUGCGGUUUUCCUCCCAUUGGCCGGCCUGUGUGGGUGCCAAGUUCUGCACGUGAUUUAAUGGAUCAGAAGGAGGUGUCAGUGAAAAAAAAGGUCCAGAAUGAUUACUAACCUAUGACUCCCAACAGUAUGACAGAAAAUGGCCUUCCAGCCUGGGACAAACCAAAGCACUGUCCAGACCGAGAACACGACUGGAAGCUAGUAGGAAUGUCUGAAGCCUGCCUACAUAGGAAGAGCCAUGCGGAGAGGCGCAGCGCAUUGAAAAAUGAACAGACAUCACCACAUCUCAUCCAGGCCACUUGGACUAGCUCAAUAUUCCAUCUGGACCAUGACGAUGUGAAUGAUCAGAGUGUCCCAAGUGCCCAGACCUUCCAAACAGAAGAGAAGAAAUGUAAAGGGUACAUCCCCAGUUACUUAGACAAGGACGAGCUAUGUGUAGUGUGUGGUGACAAAGCCACGGGGUAUCACUACCGCUGCAUCACGUGUGAAGGCUGCAAGGGUUUCUUUAGGAGAACCAUUCAGAAAAAUCUCCAUCCAUCCUAUUCCUGUAAAUAUGAAGGAAAAUGUGUCAUAGACAAAGUUACGCGAAAUCAGUGCCAGGAAUGUCGCUUUAAAAAAUGCAUCUAUGUUGGCAUGGCAACAGAUUUGGUACUGGAUGACAGCAAGAGGCUGGCGAAGAGGAAACUGAUUGAGGAGAACCGGGAGAAGAGACGACGGGAAGAGCUGCAGAAAUCCAUCGGGCACAAGCCAGAGCCCACAGACGAGGAGUGGGAGCUCAUCAAAACUGUCACGGAAGCCCACGUGGCCACCAAUGCCCAAGGCAGCCACUGGAAGCAGAAACGGAAAUUCCUGCCAGAAGAUAUUGGACAAGCACCAAUAGUAAAUGCCCCAGAAGGUGGAAAGGUUGACUUGGAAGCCUUCAGCCAUUUUACAAAAAUCAUCACACCAGCAAUUACCAGAGUGGUGGAUUUUGCCAAAAAGUUGCCUAUGUUUUGUGAGCUGCCAUGUGAAGACCAGAUAAUCCUCCUCAAAGGCUGCUGCAUGGAGAUCAUGUCCCUUCGCGCUGCUGUGCGCUAUGACCCAGAAAGUGAGACUUUAACCUUGAAUGGGGAAAUGGCAGUGACGCGGGGCCAGCUGAAGAAUGGGGGUCUUGGGGUGGUGUCGGACGCCAUCUUUGACCUGGGCAUGUCACUGUCUUCUUUCAACCUGGAUGACACAGAAGUAGCUCUCCUUCAGGCUGUCCUCCUAAUGUCUUCAGACCGCCCAGGGCUCGCCUGUGUUGAAAGAAUAGAAAAAUACCAAGAUAGUUUCCUGCUGGCCUUUGAACACUAUAUCAAUUACCGAAAACAUCAUGUGACACACUUUUGGCCAAAGCUCCUGAUGAAGGUGACAGACCUGAGGAUGAUUGGAGCCUGCCAUGCCAGCCGCUUCCUGCACAUGAAGGUGGAAUGCCCCACGGAACUCUUUCCCCCAUUGUUCUUGGAAGUGUUCGAGGAUUAGACUGACUGACUUCAUUCUCAUAAUUCCUACAGCACUACUGGGUGUCAUUUCAUUCCAUUGCCUAGCUCUUUUUUGUUUGUUCCUUUGUUUCUUUGUGUUGGGAGAGACUGGGGGUAAAGGGAGGUAGUCCUUAGCAUAGACAUGGAUGAAAUUGCCCCUUGAAUGCGGGUACUUGUAACUAUUGCAUUUUGUUCUCCAGUCCUUUGAUGUGAAUGCUUUGAAGGUUUUACAGUUGUGGAGGUGGGGUGGGGACAAUCAUUAAUUCACCAGCACCAAGCCAUCACCAGCUCCCAUCUGUCCCUGGUCAGAGACUCAAGCAAGCAAAAUGGCGUGGCAGAAGACUAAUGAAGCCUUAAAACCAAGAUAAUAUGGUCAUCUUGAUCCAGCCCUGAGUUUUGCAGGGCUCAAAUUAGCACGGCACAGACCAACUUUGGUUAGAUGUGGCUUUCAGCUUUCUAGGGAAAGAUCUGAACUUAUUUUUAUCUAUUCAAGAGCACGCUGUUUUCCUCACCCUUCAUUCUCUCCUGGCAGCAUAACCUGGAAUGUAUAGGAAUAUUUGUUCCUGAAAAAUCAGCUGUCCUUUCACUAUAAUUUUUAUAAUCCUAUGAUUUAAUUCAAGUUAUACAAGGGUGUGACUCAAAGAUAUGCAGGUAUUUGACUGACUGAGGCCAACAAGGGAAACAAUUUUCCUCAGUGAGCCCAAAGAAAUUAGAAAACUUUACUUAACUAAUGUCAGUGACUCAACAGUUUCCAAAAAUUCACAUAGUCUUACCUCAUAGUAAGGAAGGCUUCUUUACAGUUAAGGCUCAGAGAAAAUUUCCACAGAAAUCAAACCUAUUUACAGAGUGUUGUCACUUUUCAAUGACAUCUGAUCUGUCAUCUCCCAAACUCCUGAAGUUAUUUAAUCCUGAUUGCAUCUUUGCUGAGCUGACAACAGAUUUCCCUACGGAUUAAAUCUUCUAAUCAAGGAGAGAUAACAAGCUGAAUUUUGAGCCUUGUUCUGGAGGAAUUCUGAGGCAAGAUUAGUGUCGUACAUUCUGAGUUGAAGGAAGUGCAGUGUUCUGAGAGUCUCUUCAUGUACUGAUGGUUCCUUUUGGUCUUAGAUCCUCAAGCUCUUUGCUCUACACACAAAUGUUUCCAAGGCCCUUUUCCCUCUCUCAGGCUUGACUAUCACUGAUCAAAGCCUGGUCUGGAGACCGACCCACUCUGCCUCUCUUACAGCAUUGCCCUGACAGAUAUCUCACAGAAAAUACCUGCAGCCCACAUACACGAACCUCACUCACCUUCCCUACCUAGCCCUCCUCCCUGAUGACAAAUGCUGGAGUAGGUUGUGCCCAGAAAACCCAUGGUGAUCCCUGAUCAUUUCAACUUCAAAAAAUGGGCAAAGAAUGUACCCAGGCAACUGAAUGUAUCUUGUUCUUCACUGGCAUAGUAGACACAAACUAUUCCUUCACCUGCCUUGAACUGCCUUAUCCUGGAAAUAUUGGGGAAAAUAAGCCAUAUCAGUGAGAUUUACCUAAAAAAACAAAGGAAUGCAAGUCACUGUGAAAACCAAGUGGACUAAUUCUUUUUUAACUUGCCCAGAAGUCAGGACACCUGAGUUCUAGUUUGUGCUCUGUCAAACUGGUGGUUUUGUAACCUUGGGUCUUGGUUUUCUCAGCUGAGAGAAAGUCAUGAACUUUAAAAUCCUUCCCAUCCUUACUAGUGUACUGAUUUCUGGGGGGGAAAAUCUAUUCCUUUUUGAUGGUUUCUUUCAUAAUUCAAAUUUUUAGCUUUAUUAGAAAUUACGGCCCUUUAACAGUUAGGGAAUGCAUAUUUGGUAUUGAGUCAAAAUACAAAUUUGACAUACUACUCAUCAAGUAUGUAGAGAAAAGCCGGAUGGCCUUGGAAAAAGGAGAGGAGCAGCACUGAAAAACCUUAGUGUGACUGGGAAUAAUCUGGAAGGAAAAAUAUAUGUUUAACGUGUGAAAGCUACUGGCAUCCCAGGAAGAGGAAACAAGACUAUCACUAUGGAACUAGCUAAGCAAAGAAAGGAAGUAGGGGAGGAUAAAGUUUGUCUUUAUCUACAGACUGUUUUGUUUUGUUUUGUUUUGUUUUGUUUUUUCUCUAAGCCAGUCGCUAGCCAGUCUCCCGAAGCCCUUGCUUUGUUAGCAAUUCAGCUCCCUCUGUUGACUCUCCUUGGAGAAGUACUCUUUGAAACACUGCUGAAUCACCUUCUAUGCUCCAGGGUAACUCUGAGAAGCUCUGUGGUGAGGGGCAAGUUUUCUCUCAGAAGGGAAUGGGAGGAAGGCAAAUAGGAAGGGUACUGGAGGGUUCACAGACCCCUUGGGCAUCAAGCCCUCUGGGGACAGCUUCCUCAAUUUGUUUGACAGAGAUUCUGAAGUAUAUGAGAUACACCCAGACUCAAAUACAAGUACAGAGCCAGAUCUAAGGCUAAAUCUGAAUGCUUUGGGGAUUAACCAUGGCUGGGCAUUGGCCAAAUGGGACAGUGUAUCUACAGUAAUCCAGCUAGCUCCAAGUAAAUUUAUGUUUGAUCCUCAGUUCCUAAAAUGAUUGCCUUAAAAAGGCAAACUACUGAUCUGAAACUCUUGUUGAAGACUGAAUACUUUGUGUUGAGCAGGACGCUCCUUAAAGUACUUCAGUUUGAAGGGAAAGGCUGUAAGGACUCUAAGGAUCAUGACCCUGGGGUCAAAAUGAUUCAUUUCUUCUGUAACUGGUUGAGGUACUUAGUGCAUCUCAAGACUCCAUCUCAUAAAACUCAAUCAGGAGGGAUUUACUCUGGAUUUUUUUUUAAACAUUUUUCUUAUAUUGUCCGGGCUUUCAAAUCAAGUGUGAACCUGAUUGAAACCCCUCACGGAGGGGAGACAUCCCAGUGAAGGAGAACACAUCUGUAUAACUGGGAUUCUUAUUUAUGAAUCAUUUAAUUUCGGGGGGAUGAGUGGUGUGGGGUGUGUGUGUGGGUGGGUGGUCGUGUGUGUGUGUUUGUAAUCCUCAAGUGUACUUUACUCUUCAAUUUAGAUGUGCAGUAUUUCCAGAAAUAGUGAAAAAAAAAAUAAGAUCUUUUCUUCUUUAUGAUUCUGCUGAACACACUACGUGCUGCCUCAGAGCUUUUUCUAGUCAAAUGAGCCUCGGUCCUCAAUGACGUGCUUGCCGUGUUGAUGCCUCAGCCCAGUGAUACCCCCCUUCACCCCUGCCCUACACGACACCUCUUCCGUUGGCAGUGCAGUCGUCAGUCAUCGGAGUGGACCGCCAGGCUCGGCUCUGCUCCAGCAACGCCAUUCUCAAUUGCUCUUCUGUGGACAGGUGCCUAAGUCUUGGCCCCUCCACCACACUAAGCCCCCAACAGACUCAGCCUCCAUGGAACUGCUGAGCACCCUCAAAGCAUGUCAUUGUCAGUGAUACACUUUUCUUCUAUGGAACUCUAACCUAUUCGUGUCAUAUUGACCUUCUGAUGCAUGAGUCAUAAAUUAUGAAAUCGGUCUUAUGGUUUUUGAAAUGUAGCCAGCGUUUGUAAGGCUAAACCUUUUUCACAAACGGAAUUUAAGUGAAUAACCAAGCCGCAGUUAUUCUCCAGAAGGAGAGUGCUUACAGACAUUUGAAUCUCUUUGCCCUUUCCAACAGCUACGGCAUCAGGUUCUAAAAUAAGCUUGUAAUUUUUCCUGUUAUUUUAAUAAUAUGGAAAUAUUAGCAUAGUGUUUCUUUUGAUAGUGAUAGACUAUAAUCCAUAUUUAAAUUUUAUAGAGAAGAAAUUUUAUUGUACUGUGAUGUAGAUAUUUAUUAUCCAGGUAAGGAUUUGCCCGGUGUGUAUUUUUUACAAUUGAAACAUUUUACUUUAAUCUUUAAAAAAAAAAAAAAAAAAAAAAAAAAAAACAUUAAAAACACACACACACAAAAAAAAAACCAGACUAGGGGGAAAAAAGGUUUGGCCUUAUCACGGAAUUUUUACUGUGCUGUAUAAAUGUUUGCAAACGCAAAAAGUGUGCAUUUCUAGUGUGUUUCCACAUUAAUUAAUGCCGCCUUCAAGAGCAAUAUCGUGCAGGUAAAACGCUGUUUGUGGCUUUCUGUUGCACAGUUAAAGCUGACCCACCUUAUGCACAAGACAAUCAAAUAUAAAUCUGUCCUCCUCAGGAUGCAGACAAUACUCAUGUAAAUUACGGAGCACAACGUAAGACAAAAGACACUUUAUUUAAUUACACAGGUAUUAUUGAUAUAAAAGAUGUAAGGGCAUAAAUGAACUGACAUUACUCCUUUAUUUUGGUUCUUCCUAAUUAACUUGGCAUUUUUCAUUUGGUUACACGGCCAAGUUAUUCCUCUAUGCUUUCUCCAGAGAAAACACGUUUCCUGCCCCCCCCAUAAUGUUUUCAUGCCCUGAGAAUCAGAAAAAUGCUACAGAAUAGGAAAAGAUUUACAGUCAUUGGAAGAUAAUGUGUUUUGCAAACAGUGUUAAGUGAUAUUGCUAGGUUGGUAAUAUUUUUUUCAGCCUAAAACUCUGUUAAAAUCUGUGAUCAAAAUGUUUUAAACUAUCCAAAAAGAAAAUUUGUAUAUUUGGGAAAAAUGAAUUUUUACAUAGCUUUUGUAUGCAGAUAUUAAAUUGUAAUUAUGAAUAUAGUGGGCAUAGAUAAACUCAUAAGCUUCAAUUCUAAAAAAGAAAAAAAGAAAAAGCUUACAACGA